GGUUUUGACCCGAAAUCCAUAAGACAUGAGACCCAAAUCCUUUCUUCAAUGCCCGUCGUUGGAUCAGUUAAUGCCACGUGUCAACAAGGAAAGGCACUCCCCCGGUCUCCGCCACAGAUCGUCUCCACAGACGAUGUUUUUCCCUAGGAUAGGUGUCCAACGCUGCAGGUAGCACUGACUGCACCGCAUUGGACGCUGCAAGAAUUGGAGAGGAUCUGGAUCCUCGUCACCCUCGCCACCGCUUGAAAAAAAGAAGUUAUUCUUCCUGUUCUAGCAACCCAAAAAUAAAGUUUUUACCUCUACAACCGUAACCUAGCUCUGAAUCUUGAUCUGCCGGCGGCCUUUUCAUCUUCUCUGUCUCCGGCAGCUUGCAGCUGUCCCAGUGGAGGAAUCGACUCCAGACUCUGCCCUGGUUCUUCACUUCUCCGGUGCACGAUUUCUAUCUUCGUUGAAGGCCUGCUCUAUGGGUGACCUUUUGAGCCGAAGCAAUUUUGGCUUCCCUUUGGUUGAACUUAAUUGACAAAGUUUUGGAGAAAGAGGUGCGACCUUCAAGUUUCAAUCUUGCUCAAAGCUUGUUGUUGGGCAGCAAACUCCUCCAAAUUUGGUUAUUGAGCUACAAAUCCUCUUGUUCCAAGCUUGUUUGGUAAGAUUUGGUAAGAAGAGGGACAAAAUAAGAGAUUCGGGGGAUUUUCUUCACAAACAUAUGAAACCACACAAGAUUUCAAUCUAGUCUCGUUGAGUUAAGGUACAUGUAGAUGGAUUGGUUCUUGAUAAUCAUCCUAUUGAGUUCACUUUGGGCAGCUUCUCUAUGCAUUGCUAUUUAUGCAUGCUGUUUUCCACCCAAGGAUGCAUUUCUAUGUAAUGUGUUGUCAAAAUCAGGUGAAGUUGCUUGCAAGAAAAACGUCUUGCUGGUCAUAGCCCACCCAGAUGAUGAAUCUAUGUUUUUCCUACCAGUCAUUUUUUACUUGACUUCAAAAGGACAUAAUCUUCACCUUCUAUGCAUGUCAACAGGUAAUGCAGAUGGCAAGGGAAACAUGAGAAAGGAAGAACUUUACCAGGCUUGUGCUGUUCUUAAGGUUCCACUUCAACAUGUGAAGAUCUUGGACCAUCUGGAUUUACAGGAUGGAUUUGACAAGAUCUGGAGCCAUAAACUACUGGCAAAUAUUGUUAAAGAGGAAAUUUCAAGUCAAAGCAUUGACUUGAUAAUUACUUUUGACUAUUAUGGAGUUUCGGGUCAUAAGAAUCACCGUGAUGUCCAUCAUGGGGUACGCAUGGCCUUAUAUGAGAAUUCGCAAACAAAUAUUGAAGCCUGGGAACUUAUCAGUACAAACAUUAUGCGCAAGUACAGUGGACCAGUUGACAUCUGGCUAUCCAUCCUAUGUGCUUUCUUUUACCCAAGAGGAGAGAUGUUCUGUUUACUAAAUCAAUAUCCUAAUAAAAGCUUUCUUGCAAUGGCACAACACCGGAGCCAAUGGGUUUGGUUUCGGAAGUUGUUUGUGUCUCUCUCCAGUUACACUUACGUGAACACGCUUCGAAAGAUAAGCAUAUAGCUGUUCACUUGGGGCCCGGUCUCAUUGAUGGCAGUUUUGACUUCAAGAUGGAAGUGUUCCAACAUCAGAUGGGGCUGAAAUUGUGGACAGGUACCUCCCAAUACGCCCUGCUCACAUGUCCACAUGUCAAGUUUCAGCCCAAUUAGAGUUGGGCAAUAAGUUAACAGAUCAUUGAGAAAGUUUGGGAGUAGCAAAAGGGCAUACAGACGAUUAAGAGGGUGCUGAAUUUGACAUAUGAUCAACCCAGAAUUCCAUGCAUAUCUAAUGGUAAAAUCGCUGGAUCACUCUUCCACAUAGAACUGCUGUGCAAGGAUUCCUUAAUUUACACGUCCAUGUAGGAAACCUUAUUUUUUAUCUCUAUGUAUGGACUUCCUUUUUGUUUAAUGAGAAGCCCUUAUUGUUCCAAGUAGUUUCACUGAGAGAAUAUUUUUUUAACAAUUUUGAAACCACUGUUAUUGGUGAAAUUAGGUUGGUUUGGAAUUUAAUAAAUGAUUUAAAUGAUGA